AUGGAGGCGGUGGGCAGCCUGGCCUGGGGCUUCUGGCUGGGGCUUCUGCUCAGCUGGGCGGCCCUAGGCUCCCCAGAGGGCAACAAGGAGCUUGAGCUGUACAACCGCCUUUUUGCCAACUAUGACAACUCCCGGUGGCCGGCACAGAGGGUGGGCGAAGUGCUGAAGGUCUACUUGAGGCUGACCCUCACCAACCUCAUCUCCCUGAAUGCCAAAGAGGAAACGCUGACCACUAAUGUCUGGAUCACUCAGGAAUGGACGGACUAUCGGCUGAACUUCAGCAAGGAGGAAUACGACAUGGCCCUUCGGGUGCCAGCUGAACUGGUGUGGCUGCCGGACAUCGUCCUGGAGAACAACGUUGACGGCAAAUUUGAGGUGGCCUAUUCCGCCAACGUCCUGAUCUUCCCCGGGGGGAAUGUGUACUGGCUGCCCCCCGCCAUCUUCCGCAGCUCCUGCCCCAUAGAGGUCACCUUUUUCCCUUUUGACUGGCAGAACUGCUCCCUAGUUUUCCGGUCCCAAACCCACAACGCCCGAGAGAUUGAGCUGGAGUACGGCGUGGAUGAGAAAACCAACAAGAUAGUGAAGGAGGUGGUGAUUGAUUACGAGGCCUUCACAGAGAACGGGGAGUGGGCCAUCAAGCACCGCCCCGCCCGCCGCAUCCUGGCCCCCCUGGACGGGCUGGAGGCGCCCGGCUUCUCCGAGAUCCACUACUUCCUCAUCAUCCAGCGCAAGCCGCUCUUCUACGUCAUCAACAUCAUCGUGCCCUGCGUCCUCAUCUCCUCCCUGGUGGUCCUGGUCUACUUCGUGCCUGCCCAGGCCGGUGGCCAAAAGUGCACCAUCAGCAUCUCGGUCCUGCUGGCCCAGACCGUCUUCCUCAUCCUGAUUGCCCAGAAGGUGCCCGCCACGUCCCUCAGCGUCCCCCUCAUUGGCAAGUACCUGAUCUUCGUGAUGACGGUGACCACGCUGAUCGUCAUGAACUGCGUGGUGGUGUUGAACGUCUCUCUGCGCAGCCCCAGCACCCACGUCCUGUCCCCCAGACUCAAACACCUCUUCCUCAAGGUCCUGCCGCGCUGCCUGGGCUCCACCAUCGGCCCCGCGGACGACGAGUCCCAGGACGCCCCCCGCCCGCGCCGGCACAGCUCCUUCUCCGUCUUGGUCAAGGCCGAGGAGCGCAUCCUGAGGGUGGCGCGCAGCGAGCUCCUCUUCGAGUACCAGGGCCGGCGGCACGGGCUGCAGAGGGCGCCCGACUGCGGCGGGCUGGACGUGCAGAGGACCACCCUCCUGUACAAGAACCUCUCCAGCCUGGCCCCGGAGAUCAAGGAGUGUGUGGACGCCUGCAACUUCAUCAGCAAGAGCACCAGGGGUCAGAACACCAACGGGGCGGAGAUCGAGAACUGGGUGAUGAUCGGGCAGAUGAUGGACAAGCUCUGCUUCUGGCUGGCCAUCUUGCUCUUCACCAUCGGCACCCUGGCCAUCUUCUUCAUGGGCCACUUCAACAAGGUGCCCGAGGUCCCCUCCCCAGCCCACUAG